AUGAAGGAGGUUGCUAUCGAGAAAGAUGUUGACCUCCUCAUCGUGGAUAGCGGAGAUUUGCACGAUGGUACGGGAUUGUCAGAUGGUUACCCUCCUGGUGGAGUGGACGGGCAAGAAACCAACAAGUUCAUGUUGCAGGUGCCAUACGACCUCAUGUGUAUCGGAAACCACGAGCUGUAUAUUUAUGCUGACACAUAUGACAUGUACACCAACUUCGUUCCGUACAUGAACGGGCGGUACCUGUCUUCGAAUGUUAACAUUACUGUAUUUGACGAGAGUAACAAUCCUGUCAGCGUUCCCGUUGGGGAACGGUAUGUCAAAUUCAAGACCAGGAAGGGCCGUUCUGUUACCUCCAUCGGUGUUCUCUAUGACUUUACUGGAAACGACGUCAACACGACUGUGCAGACAGUCGCCAAUAUGGUCAAGGAAUCAUGGUUUGAGGAAGCUAUCGAGGAGGAGCCUGACGUCUUUGUUCUGAUUGGACACAUGCCCGUCAGCCUUGAUAAUUGGCCGGUCGUAUUCAAUGCCGUGAGGGCUGUACAUCCCACGACGCCUAUCAUGAUAUUCGGUGGGCACACUCAUAUCCGGGAUUGCCAGCAGUACGAUGGGCGGACUAUGGCACUUGAAAGUGGUCGGUACAUGGAGACUAUCGGCUGGAUGAGUGUUCGAUCCCUUGAUGUUCCCGGUAACCAAAAUUUAACCUUCAGCCGACGUUACCUCGACAACAACCGUGUAACCUAUGAGUAUCACAGCACUCACAACAACUACACGUUUGACACUUUGUCCGGCAAGGAAAUCACUCAGGGCUUGGAGCAGCUCGCGAUCAACUACGACCUCAGCUACUUGUACGGAUAUGCCCCCCAGGAUUACACAUUAUCUCGCAAUCCUUACCCCUCCAACGGCUCUGUGCUGACCCUCUACGUUGCUGAGGCGUUGCCCUACUCACUUUCGAUCAAUAACUCGCGUAACAUGACGCCGAACAUUAUCCAUUGCAACGGCGGUGAACUGCGCUUCGACAUCUACGGCGGCGCCUUCACGAAGAAUGAUCAGCUCACCUCAGCCCCCUUCACGGAUUCUUUCUUAUACAUUCCUGACGUCCCCUUCAGCGUCGCCAACCAGGUGCUCCCCGCAUUGAACGGGGAUGGCGCUAGCGAGAAACGUUCGACAGAGUCACUGGACCGUGAGAUGGAACGAUAUGCUCGUGGAGAUGUUAGCUUGCGAUUCGAUUCUUGGCUGCGGGAGAUGGAUAGGAAAACUGGUGCCCAGAAGAGGUCGUCAGUGCCUGAGAACUUGACACUGGGAUAUGUCACUGAGGAUGGGUGCCCGGGCGCUGGUGAUGACACGCUUCAUGCAGCGAUGCCCUACUACGAUUCCCCCAACUACAUCGCGUCCUACCCGCCCAAUGUCACUGCAGACACUCCAGUCGAUCUGGUUUUCGUGAACUUCAUCGAGUCGGAUUUGCUGGUAAUCCUCAACCGUGUACAGAGCGACAAGAACUACACCGCAGCUGAUGUUUCAUUAUACUCCCCUCUUUUGGCGAACGCCAUCCUCGGAUUGUACGCUGAAGAGUAUUGGAAGUAG